AUGAGUGAUGAUGAAUACUCAUGGGAAGAGUUCAAACCAAAUAAGAAUAAUUCUAAAACGAAUACUACUACUGAUACUGGAAUCGGUAUGCGUUCAGUUGGAAGUACCACAAAACAACCGUCGGAUUCAAUCGAUGCUGCAAUUCUUGAUGCUAUCAGAUUAAAUAUCCGAUUGAAAUAUAGUUAUCCACAUUUACAAGCAUUUGUUGAUGAACUCAUUCAACCAAACAAGCAUCUUCGUUCAAUUGAAAAUGGUCAAUGUGUUUCAGUACUUCAUCAGUAUGCAUUGAUAUCGACUCAUGAUCCAAUUGAUAUGAGUAAUCAAAGUGUACGUACAAUAUAUCGACCUAAUUUAUUCAUACGAAAGAAUGAUGCUUUCGGACCGUGGAAUUUUAAUUAUUUACUUAAUCUUCUUGAACUCGACUAUCAAUGUAAUGAUCCGAAUCAAAACGAAUUUCCUAAAGUGUGGAAAACAAGUUCAACGACUAAAGUUUACAUACAUCGAGAAGAAAUGAAAAAGAAAGAUGCAUCAACGAAUACUGCAAAUAAUGAUGAUGAUAUAACUCUUGAUGAUCUUCUGAAAAAGAUUUGUCGACAAAACAAUUGUGAUGAAGGAGAUGCAAUACUUUGGAAAAAAGCUUUAAAAGAGGAAAGUAUAGCUACAAUUGAACAUCUUCGAAAUGCGGCAACUAACGAUCAUUCUUGGGAGAAAAUAACAUCAGUAAAACAUUUGGUUAAGCAAAUGAUACGUGAUUAUAUUCAAUUGAAUGCUGCUUCUCAUACAUUCGAUUCAUCAAAUAAUCCAUAUACAAAUUCGGAAGCUACUUUACUUGCUGAUAUACAUCGCGUACGACGAUAUUUUCAUGAUAUUACUGAUACAGUCAAAUUUAUUCCUUAUCUUGAUCGACGUGCUGUUGAUUUGGCUAUUAGUGAAAUACGAAAAACAUAUGAUGAUGAUGGUAAUGUUCUCAGUAAUAUACAUGCAUAUUUGACAACAUUCUGUCUGCAAAAUACUCUGAUCGAUGCAAAUGCCCAUAAACAACAGCAUGAUGAAUGGACAAAAGAACGAGAUAAUUUUGUAACACUCAAUAAAGAUCGUCGUACUAAAGUUAAUAAACUCGAAAAAGAAACUAAAGCAUACAAAGAUGAAGUUGAAGCUUGUGAACGUGGUCUACAGAAUGCUGUUUCUAAAAAGAAACAAAUCGAUGCUGAAGCAAAGGAUUUGCUUGAAAAAAUGGUCAGUAGUGGAAUGACGAAACAAGCAUUUGAUAAACAUGAUGAAGAAAAACGAAAAGUAGAACUUGCCGAGAAAGAACAUCAAGAGGCUAAAGUUCGUCUUCAACGAGCACAAACCAAAUUGUCCGAACAUAGAGCACCAAUCCGUGAAUUAGAAACUAAAAUAGCUGAAGAUGAUGAACGAAUUGAAAAUCUUAAUACUAUUCUUAAAAUCGAUGUAGCUGAUGCACAUCGAAAAUUGAAGGUUAAAUAUGGACGUGGGUUACUACUUUAUGGACCACCAGGAACAGGUAAAUCUGAACUAUUGAAACGAGCUGCCAUAUUUGCGGGUAUUACAAUGACGACAACUCCAUUGGCAGCUGGCGAACUUAAUCGUCCGUAUGUAGGCGAAACUGAAAGAUUACUGGUAGAUAUCAUGUAUCGUGCGAAAACAAUACGUUAUCUAAUAUGUGCUAUGACAAUUGAUGAAAUAGAUGGACUUGUUCCUAAACGUGAUAAUAAUGCUCAACAAUCGAAAGUCGAUGGAAUAAGUGUACUUCUUUCACAUAUUGAAGGUGUUAAAGAUAUAUCAAAUUUGAUUGUAUUUGGUGCAACAAAUCGACGUAACAUGAUGGAUGAAGCUUUUCUACGUCGAAUGCAAGCAAAAUGUUUUGUUGGUCGGCCAUCACCUCAAAUUCGAAAGAAAAUGCUUGAACCAUUGUUGUGUAAAGAUUUGACAACAUUUACAGCGAGUCGAAUUGAUUUUCUUGUUAAAGUUACAACUAAUUUUAGUGGUGCAGCAGUCGGUGCACUUAAAUCGAGUAUUAUUGUUGCAAUGGAUCAACUUAAAAAUUCUGAAGCUCUAACUGAUAAGACAUUACUUGAACUAGCUGACAAUGCAGCAAGAGAAUUUAGUUGUUGGUUUGGUAUUGGAACAUUACCAGAAAUUUGUCGUUUAUAUCCAAAUAUUGUUUCAUCGACAGAACAACAAGAAAAAUAUUCACUUAAAUUACCACAUAUUUCACCAUCGGGUCGUAUUCUUGUCGAUCUACAAUAUCGAAAAUGUUUAAUCGAAUUAUCUAGUAAUGAUGCAACACUUGAUUAUGACCUCAAUCCUGAAGAAACAUCGACAUUAACAUUACUGUCACGUUUUGUUAAUGGUUGUUCAAGUCGAAAUAUCGAUACAAUUCAAAUAAUUGAUAUGAAUUUUCUUACUAAACAUAAUGCAUUUGAUGAAAAUCAAAUAUUUGAAUUAUUAACAACAACAUUUCUCGAGUGUGAUGAAUAUAAUCGUUCGAUGCUCAUUUUUGAUAUCGAUUCACUCAUUAUGCUCAGUGUUUCUGAUUCACAAAUGUCAAAAUCAGUAUCAAUUUCAAACAUACAUUUAUAUCAAUUUAUUCGAGAAAAAUGUAAGACAGCUAUUGUUGAACAAAAGACUACAAGUAACAAUACAACGACAGGAUCGGCUAAGGAACAAUUGAAAGAGAAAUGGAUGGUAAUGAUUGUUAAACAUCCGCUUCUCCGUAAUCUAUUAAUUGACGAUAUCGAAUUCAAGAAGACGCUUCAACAGAUUCAACAAGAAAAUGACGAAGAAGCAAAACGUCUUGAUGAUCAAUCAGUUAAACAAUGUCCCAAAUGUCAACAGAAUUAUAUUCCGGCACAAGUUAAUCACGGCAGUUGUCACUAUCACGAUGGAUUUGUCGUUGAUCUUGAUCAAAGUAAUAAUCGAUUAACCAUUCAGGAAGCUCAAAGAAUUGCUCAGAAAGCUAAAUUAUUGGCACAUAGUGGCAACAAUGAACAAAAUCCGAAACCACCGAAACUGAUGUGGGCAUGUUGUUUGGGACUAUAUGGAAUAGAUCAGCCAUGUCGAGUAGGCAUUUGUGGACUACCAGAAGAGCUAAAAGAUCAGAAAAUUGAUCCAGAUAAAAGUUUGGUAACAGUCGUACAAGAACAUUUUAUGAAAAAUAAAGUGGCUGAUCAAAAUAUAAACGAAUUCAAGAAGACUUAUAUAAUGACGCCAGCCACGAUACAAUCAACAAGUACCACUGCUCGAUCACUCACUGUCACACCAUCAGUCACUGCUUCCUCGUUCAAAAAAUAGAUUUUUUUUCUGUUGCAUACAAUAUAUUCACGAUCAUUUUCGAAAUCAGUAAUGAUUGAUUUCCUAAAAUCCCGAAAUAAAUGAGAAACAAAACAAAUCUAAAUAUUUAAUGUGUUAAUAAGGUAAAAGCUGGGAACUCGGGAAAGAAGAAACCUCGACAAGGUCAUUUUUUUGAUCAAAAUAUUUUGUGAAAAAGAAUUAUAUAUUCUUAAUGAACAUGAAAUUCUGAAUAAAAUGAGGCUUUUUUUUCUAUUGAACAAAGACUUUCAAUUUUUACCUGGUUAUUAAUCACCCUGGGAGACCUCAGGAUCCACAAGAAACUUUUUUUUCUCAAUUUUUUUUAAUCAUACAUCAUAAGCUACAAAGUUCAGUGCUGAUCCUAUAUUUUAGGUUCAAAUUCGAAGAAAAUCGAUUUUAUUGUAGGAUGCUAAAGCCCCUGACACAUUAGAAAACCUCUCUUGGGCAAAUGAAGUAAAAGACAGUUUAGAAGAUUCCCUCUGAAAAUUGUUUUUUUUUGUAGUGAUUUCUAUAGCUUUUUAAUUCUUUCAGCAUUUAUGUAAACAUUAAUAACUAAAUUUUUUAGUAUGGACAAUAUUUGACUUCGAUCGUCUUAGUAGCGUAUCAGCUCUAAGUUGAAUAACUCAUGAGAAAAAGCUAAUCAGAAAGAGCAGUUAAUAAAAAAAAGUUCUCUGUAUUAAAAAGCGUGUUUUGAGAUCACUUUAAUGCUUCUUUGUAGCGUGCUGUGAGGAAACUCAAAUUUUCUUUACGAAAAUAUUCAUUCCAAUGGGCACAGGACCUAAUUAAUGCGAUGCGCAUAUAAACGUGUCACACAUGAAGAGAUCUUUCUGAAAGAAGAACAUCUUUGAUAAAAAUCCGCUGUCCAUUACUUAAUACCUCACUUCUCCUGUGUACUUUCUUCCAGAAAUUCUAACUCUUUCUUAUCAUGGAAGAUCUCAUUCAUAAUUGGAAAGAUAUAUUUCUGAGGACAUGCAAUGAGACGUGUUUUAUGAAACACCUCGGUAAGUCGGAAUUUGGUCGAAAGUAAAAAUGUCAAAGGAUAAAAUGCCGAAAAUAGGAUGUCGAAAGACUAUGUAUGAGACUGGAAAAAGAAAAGAUGUUGUUCUCAUGUGAACACCAAACGCAAAACAGACGCGUUCAAACGCAAAACAGACGCGUUCAAACGCAAAACAGACGCGUUCAAACGCAUUUUAUUUUGUAAAACUCAUCCAGACGUGGGUGUGGGGUGUGUGGGUGGGUGCGUGUAGGUGUUGGUCAUCUGUUUACCCAUACGCACAAACCUACACUCGCACCCACACCUACACCAACACUCCACACCCAUCCUACAUCCACACCCACACCCUUCAAUAUGUCAUUUCAGUUAUUCAUCAUUUCACUUUUAUUAGCAAUAUUCACGAUUUGGCUUGUCGUUUAUUCUGUUUAAUCAGCUUCUGCACACGUUCUUCAAGUUCAUAUCUGAUUUGAUUGUAUGUGAGAUCUAGUGUAGUGAGUGUCUGUGUGAGAAAGUAUAGACGGGAAUAUGAGGGAGAUGAAGAGAAAAUGAGGAUCACCGUGUUAUUUCGUAGUGCAUCAGCCAGAUGUUCUGCUCCGAGAGCUCCAAUUCGGUUGUUAUGCAGAUCUAGUGUGAUGAGUGUCUGUGUGAAAAAUGCAGAUAGGGAUAUAACAAAAGACAAAGAGUAAAUAAGAGUUACCGUGCUAGUUUGUAAUGCAUCAGCCAGAAAUUGUGCUCCAACAGCUCCAAUUUGAUUGCUGGAAAGAUAUAGUGUGGUGAGUGUCUGUACGUAAAAAUGCAGAUGGUUAUAUGAGAGAAAUGAAGAGAGAAUGAGGAUCACCGUGUUAUUUCGUAAUACAUCAGCCAGAUGUUCUGCUCCGAGAGCUCCGAUUUGAUUGAAAGACAAGUAUAGUGUGGUAAGCGUCUGUGUGAAAAAGUGCAGAUACAAAUAUGAAAGAAAUGACGAUAGAAUGAGGGUCACUGUGUUAUUUCGUAGUCUAUUAGACAGAUGUUGUGCUCCUUUGUCUCCGAUUUGAUUACCACCGAGAUUUAGUGUGGUAAGUGUCUAUAUGAAAAAAUGCAGAUGGGGACGUGAGAGAGAUGAAUAGGGAAUGAAGGUCACUGUGUUAUUUCGUAAUGCAUCAGCCAAAUAUUGUACUCCUUUGUCUCCAAGUUGAUUAUUGUAGAGAGUGAGUGUGAGUAAUGUCUAUGUGAAUAAGUGCAGAUGAGAAUAUGAGAAAGACGAAGAGAAGAUGAGGAGUUACUAUGUUAUUUCGUAAUGCAUCAGCCAGCUGUUGUGCUCCAAGAGCUCCGAUUUGAUUGUAUGUGAGAUCUAACUUGGUGAGUAUCUGUUGGAAAAAAACAGAUGAGGAUACGAGAGAGAUAAAAAGAGGGUGACAAUCACUGUGUUAUUUCAUAAUGCAUCAGCCAGAUGUUGUGAUCCUUUGUCUCCAAGUUGAUUGUUGUAAAGAUUGAGUGUGGUGAGUGUCUGUGUGAAGAAGUAGAGAUGGCACUAUAUUCCUAGAAAUAGGAUAAUAGAGCAGAAAAAAAGAUCUGAUCGGUUAACUUCUUUGGAAAAGUUAACAGCGGAAACUAAGAACCGAAAUGCAGUAUAGAAGAGGAAUGAUGCGUCUAGCACGAAAGUCCCAUGUAAAUAUAUAUGAAUUUCGUGGAAAAUACUUGAAAGAAAAGAUUUUUCGCUUCUAAAUAGGUAGAAUCGAUUUUUGAAUAAGUUUGUAUGAAUAUCUAUGUAACGUAAAUGAAAAUUUUUAGACUACUCUUUCAUGCAAAUGUGUUUAGUAGACACUUUAAUUGCGGUUUUUACAAAGGCCAUAUUGAAUGGACGUUAAAAGUAAUCGAGUCAACCUCGAAUCUGUUUCAGGUUUUUAUCGUUCUGAAGGAAUUUUGCUUAAAACUGAAAAUGAUCUUCUUUUAAUGAUUAUCUUGUGCAGAUACAUUUACAUGUGGAAAUUGCUGGCAAGCGCUGUUGAACAAACAACUAAAACUCAAGUAUUCAGACAUGCAUGCGAUGCUCUUUCCAAGUUGCAGCGACUCGUGCUGAUCUGUAUUCAAGUACGAAGAAUAAGAGUGUGAGGAUGUCGAUCGGUAGAAGGCUGGACGUUGAUCUGUCCUGCAUCUCUACUUUCACUCUCUCAUCCAUGAGAUGCCUAAUUCGAGUUCACAUAUAAACGAACCUGAAGUCGUCUGAUGACAAAUUGAAAAUAAAAAACUUUGGGGUUCCGAAAUUUCGCCAAUAUGACUUUCUUCAACAGAACAUUUGCCAAUGGCGAAUGUCCGGUGGAAUAUUGGCGAAAUUCCAGGAAGUGUGCUGGCGAAAGUAUAGUGGACUUUCAUGAGCUAUCACGAAACAAUAUUAAUAUAGAAUACAUAUCAGAGCUGAAACUAAUGUUCCUAGAAGAUAUAUAUAUAUCAUAGCUUAUAUGCAUAAGGUAGGCGAUGCAAAUUUUUCAUUCACGUCUAAUUUACUCUCAUGUUGGCGAAAUUCCAGAUAGUAUGCUGACGAAAGUGCAGUGAGCUUUCGCCAAUUGGCGAAAUGCCAUGGGAUGUAUUGGCAAAUGUCCACAUGACUUUUGUCAUUAACGAAUGCCCUGUUGACGAAACUCAUAUUGGCGAAAUGCUCGCCAUCCAAAACGUUGGGAAAGGCGACCAGUUUGUUACGAUCAACAAAGCGAAAAAUAAAUUUUGACCUAACUUCGAUCUACUAUUCGAAUUCAAAUCUAAUUCAUAUAAGACGCUAGAAGCAAUUUCUGACCUACUUCAGACACUACCCUAAAUGCUACACAGACUACCGGAGAUGCUUGUUACAGCGUAUUCUAACUACAUAAACCUCGAUUCUAUCUAUUCUCUUUUCUUUAAUAUUUUCUCUCUGUUUAUUCUUUGAUAAAACAAACGUUUAUAUACGCAC